CUCGGCUAGCGAUCCGCUUUCCCACCUCUCAGAGACGCUGGCGGCACUGCCUCAGAGUCUGUCUUGUUGUGACCUGCUGUGAGAGUCGUAGGAAGGACUCAGGGAGACCCAGGAAACCUAGAAAUGGAUUCAGUGACCUUUGAGGAUGUGGCUGUGAACUUCACCCUGGAAGAGUGGGCUUUCCUGGAUCCUUCACAGAAGAAGCUCUAUAGAGAUGUGAUGCGGGAAACCUUGAGGAACCUGAUCUCAAUAGGAGAAAAAUGGGAAGAUCAUGACAUUGAAGAUCAGUACAAAAAUCAGGGGAGAAAAUUAAGAAGUCAUGUAGUUGAAAGACUCUGUGAAAGUAAAGAGGGUAGUCAGUGUGGAGAAAACGUCAGCAUUAUUCCAAACCUCAAUCUGAGCAAGAAAACUAAUAGAUUGAAACCACGUGAAUGCAGUGUAUGUGGAAAAGUGUUUACACGUCAUUCAUCCCUUAAGAGACAUAUGAGAUAUCACACUGAACGUAAACCACCAGAGUAUCAGAAAUAUGGAGAGAAGCCAUAUAGAUGUAAGGAAUGUGGUAAAGCCUUUGGCUAUCUCCAAUUUUUGGAGACCCAUGAGAAAAAUCACAAUCGAGAGAAAAAAUAUAAAUGUGAGGAAUGUGGGAAAGCAUUCCAUUCCCGUGCAUCCUUUCAAGCACAUGAAAGAAUCCACACAGGAGAAAAACCCUAUGAAUGUAAGGAAUGUGGGGAGGCCUUCAUGUGGAGCACAGGGUUUCGAAGACACAUGGUAACACACACUGGAAAUGCUUCAUAUACAUGUAAGGAGUGUGGGAAAGCUUUUAAUUGUUCCUCUUCAUUGCGAACACAUGAAACAACCCACAGUGAAAAGAAACCCUAUCAGUGUAAGCAAUGUGGAAAAUUCCUUAGAUACUACCAUACUUUUAGAACACAUCAAAGGACUCACACAGGUGAGAAACCCUAUGAAUGUAAGCAGUGUGGUAAAGCCUUCAGUUGUCCUAGUUCUUUUCGGAAACAUGAAAGAAUUCAUACUGGAGAAAAGCCUUAUGAAUGUAAGGAGUGUGGGAGAACCUUCAGAGGUCUCUCAAGCCUUCGAGCACACAUGAUCACUCACACUGGCGAUGGACCUUAUAAAUGUCAGGAAUGUGAGAGAGCCUUCAUUUCUCCUAGUUCCUUUCGAAUACAUCAAAGGAUUCACACUGGAGAGAAACCCUAUGAAUGUGAACAAUGUGGUAAAGCUUUCAAUUACUACAAUUCCUUACAGUCACACAGAAGAACUCAUACUGGAGAGAAGCCCUAUGAAUGCAAGGAAUGUGGGAAAACCCUCUCCCAUCAGCAAACCUUAAAAAUACACAUGCGGCUGCACACUGGAGAGAAACCCUAUGAAUGUAAACAAUGUGGUAAAGCUUUCAGAUAUUACCCUUCCUUUCACAAACACAAACAAAUUCAUACUGGAGGGAAACCCUUCGAAUGCAAACAAUGUGGUAAAGCCUUCAGUCAUUACAAUUCCUUACAGUCACAUGGAAGAACUCACACUGGAGAGAAACCCUACGAAUGCAAGGAAUGUGGGAAAGCCCUCUCCCAUCACCAAACCUUGAGAGUACACAUGAGACUGCACACUGGAGAGAAACCCUAUGAAUGCUCACAGUGCAGCAGAGCUUUCAGAUAUUACACUUCCUUCCAAAAGCACAAACGAAUUCACACUGAGAAAUUUUAUGAAUAAGGAAUAUAGAGAAGCCUUUAGUCAACCAACUUCACUUUGAAAAUGUUAAAGAAGCCACACUGGAGAGAAAAACCUAUCAGUGUAAACAAGGUGGGAAAACCUUAAGAUAUUUUCAAAGUUUGCAAACACAUGAAAGGAUUCCCAUAGAAUAGAAACCUUGUAAACCAUGUGGGAAGUCCUGCAAAAAUUAUACCUCCUUAGAAAUGCAUGAAAGAAUUCAUACUGAAAAGAAACCCUGUGACUGUAAGGGAUAUGGAAAAGCCUUCAGAUGUUACCAGAGGUUUUUAUUUAUUUUUGAUGACUUGAAAAAGAUCAGAGUGGAGGGAGUAUGGUAAAGCCUUCAUUUGUCACAAACCAUUUGAAGAGAGUGCACACUGGAGAGAUACUGUAUAAUGUAAAAAAAUGUCAGAAGACUUUCAGUCAUUCCAAUUCCAAAAGAAUGAAAGGACUCACUGGACAAAAACCCCUGAGUUAAACAGUUUUGGAAAGAUUUCAAUGAGCCCACAUCUUUACAUGUGAAAACUCACAUUGGAAAGAAAUAUAAGUAAUAUGAGAAAGCUUGAUGAAAAUUAAUCUAUGUGUAACAGGAAAAAGUUAUUAAAGUUGGAAAUACAUUGUGUUUAUCAAUCCUCUUUCUUAAAGUGCACUAUUGGACAGUGGAUUUCUAGUAAUUACUCUCAGAAAUGAAUAUGAGGGGAGAUGACUCUGUAAGUCAUGUUUCCACAGUGGUACAUAAAAUUAAUAGAUAGAGCUUUUUCUUUAAAUCAGUUUUAUUUUUUCUUUUUGAAGCCAGUUGGAUCAUAGGUGAAUCAGAGUAAAUGCCUAAUAAUUCAAUUAGGUAAAAAUUAUUUUAUAAUGUUUGAUUUGCUCUGUGUUAAGGGGCCACUGAGAAAUGACAGUUUGGUAUUUGGAUUUUCCUAACAGCCUUAUGGCAGUUCUCGGAUAUCUCUAGUCCAAUAUAUAUAUUUCUCUUUCUUACCAAGCUCUUUUGUUGGAGUGAAGAGUAUAAGAGCCUUUUAACAUUUUCUAUGCUAAUAAACUGUUCAAUAAAUAUUUGUGUAUGCCUCACUUAUAAAUGAAUAUAGUUUCUAUGUGAAUAAUUAUUUUCAUAUUUAUAUCUUGCUUUGUAUCUUUCCUUCUGACUAUAAUUUGGUGAAUAGACUUGGAAUUAAGAAGAGUGGCCUAGGAACUUCCCUGGUGGUCUAGUGGUUAAGAAUCUUCCUCGCAGUGCAGGGGACCUGGGUUUGAUCCCUUCGCAGGGAACUAAGAACCCACAUGCUGUGGAGCAGCUGAGCCUGUGUACCUCAAUGAAACAUCCCACAUAAUGCAAUGAAGAUCCCCUAUGCUCCAACUGAGACCCAGUGCAGCCAAGUAAAUAAAUAAAAAAGAAGAGAGGCUUAUGGUGGGGCAACAAAAUCUAAAGCUAGAGGAUAGAGCUAUCCUCUCUGUAGGUAAUGUUAGGAAUUAGAUUUUCCAGAACUCAUCCUCUUUAUGGUUCCUGUUAGAGUCCACCAAUAGUGUGACUUGCCAGAGAUUUGGAAGGCAGAAACAAGGAAGGUAUUAGUCAGAUUUCACAGUCACCAUAUUUAAAGAGAGCCAAAUGCAUAGGAGCUUCAGGUAUACUAUCUUCCAGCCCAUUUUCUACAUUUUUUCCUUCCGGUCAAGUAUCCUCAAGACCACCACUAACUGACAUCCAUUUUCUGAGAUAUGUACAUGCUACAACUAAGACCUGAUGCAGCCAAAUAAAUAUUUAAAUAAAACUUUUUUUAAAAGAAAAAAUACUAGAGCUAUUUGUGUCCCCUUUCAAAGUGUUGCGUAAAUAAGUAAGCAGGUGGAUCUGAUAAUAUGCAGUGCCUGUGGUCUCUGUGGUCAAUGGGAUAUGCCCAUGACAUGGGUUCUGAUGAAUGUUUCUGUCACUCUGCCCCUGCUGUUACCUCAGGUCAGUUUUUCAGAGUGGAAUAGGCUUUGGUUUCUAAAGAUGUUUUGAAGUAAGCAGGCCUAAGUAGGCCUGAUUUGGGAAACAAUAACUUGGAAAUGGUUUGUGGAUGGCCAUGGAGGGAACUGAUGGUGAUGCAUUUGAAUGAGGAUGUCCCCAGCAAAUUCCACUUGAGAUACACCUUUAGGUUUCAGAACCACAGUAUUUCCAAAGAUCUGUUCGAGGAAGCUGACUUAGACUCAAAGACAGACCUGGGAGCCCUCUCACUUCACUCCUUGUUAUGUGAUGAAACGAGGAGAGGUGCAGCCCUAGUGGGUGUUCAGACAGGGUUGCAAAAAAGGCCUGUUGUGGCCCAUGUCCUUCUGCCCCAGUCCUUCAGUUCUUCCUAGAAAGAAUCUCAGAGUGGUGGGGAAAAAAGUUGAACACUUGAAGUUCAGGAGAGUUUAAUAUUCUCCUAGCAUACAAAGGCAUUUGUGUUAUUUUCUUUCUUAUCUACCUAUCUAUAUAUAAGUAUAAAAGCUUUAUAUGUAUUUAUAAAAGUUCAUAAAAACUCAGAGC